AUUUGUGGAGAAAAAUUAAAUUAUGUUUGGUUUCAGCAUAAGAACACGACAGAAUGCUGCAGCCUCACCCAAAAUUGCUGAUUCUCCUGGAGCCCCUGUUUCUCCAAGAACCGUAGCAACCCCAAUAGGCAUGAACUCGCCUAAGCCUGAUCAAGUGGGGGAAAUUGAUACCAGAGCCCCGUUUCAAUCCGUCAAGGCUGCCGUCAGCUUGUUUGCUGAAGGAACCUCCCCUAAGGAGAGACCUGUUCUAAAGAAGUCUAAAACUAUAGAAGAGAGAGUCUUAGAGAAAGAAUCGCAACUUCACUUGGCCCUUAAAGAACUCGACAAGUACAAAGAACAGCUCAAAAGUACAGAAACCACCAAAGCCCAAGCGCAAAGAGAAAUCGAGAAGGCCAACAGAACACUGCAGGAACUAACAUGCAAACUUGAAACCGCGAGCGAAUCCAAGCAAGAAGCAAUUGCGGCAACAGAAUCUGCUAAGAGUCGGGCCAAACAACUGGAAGAAGAUGCCAAACUCAGCAGAGCCCAACUAGAUGGUGGUUCGUGGAAACAAGAUGUUGACAGUGAAAGAGAGCAAUAUAAGGCCUCUGCCGGUGAACUUAUUGCCGCAAAACAAGAACUCACCAACGUCCGACAGGACUUCGAUGCCGCGUUGGAACUAAAAUUAUCUGCCUUCCAAGAGUCUGCAGAUGCUCAACAUACAACCAAAGUUAACAGGGAGCGGGUGAAUGAUCUUUCCAAGGAAAUAGCAACAAUGCGAGAAACACUCAGCCAGGUCAAGCUUGCCACUGUGCAAACCCAAGAAGAGCAAGAAAAGGUUAAGGCAGAUCGGGAAACUCAUCUGCAAUCCCAUAUAAAAGCGACUGAAGAAGUGGAGAAGAAAAUACAAUCAUUGAAGGAAGAAGAAUCCGAGCUCAGACUCCAUGGAAAUCUCGAGGAGAAGCUCGAAGAAACAACCGAGGCAAUUGCAGUUUUACAAGAACAGUUGAAAAAUGUUCGUGAGUCAGAUCUACAUUCCCUGCAAGCUGCCACUUGUGAGCUUGAGGAUGCUAAAAAUGCACACCAAGCAGUUUUACAAGAAGGGAGCUCGGUGCAGAGGAUUGUUGAUUCCCUGAAGCUGGAGCUGGAUGAGGUGAAGAGGGAACUCUCUGAAAUGAAGGAGAAGGAGGCUGAAUCCGAAACAGCAGCUAAAAGACUGAGAGAUGAAAUCGAAAGGAGCAAGGUUGAGCUUGAGGAAGCUCUUGUGGGAGAAAGCAAACAAGUGGAUGCUUCUGAUCAGAUGCGGUCGAGAAUUCAACAGCUAUCAACAGAAACUGAAAAUGCAAGGCAUGAAAUGGAAAAGCUGAAGAAAAGUAGUGAAGACUUGAUGCAAGAAGUGGAAAGUGCACGAAAUGAGGCCAAGGAAACAGAGGAGAAGUUGGUAGUCGCCCUAAAAGAGGCUGAGAAAGCACAAGAAGCAGCGAAGCUUGCCAGUGAUCAGAUUCAUUCCAUGUCUUCAUCAUCAUCAUCAUCUAAUAAUAAUAAUAAUAAUAAUAUUACUGCCGACGACGAUGAAUCUGCUGCUGCAACAAAUAAUAUUCCAGGUGACAAGAUCAAACUGUCAGUGGAGGACUUCGAAUCGUUGAGCAGGAAAGUGGAGGAAAUGGAGAAGAUGGCAGAAGCGAAAGUGGGAGCAGCGAUGGCAGAGGUAGAAGAAAGUAAUGCAAGGGAGAGAGAGACAGUAGAGAAGUUGGAAGCAAGUUUGAAAGAAAUGGAGGAGAUAAAAGCCGCGACGGAGGAUGCUGUGAAAAGAGCAGAGAUGGCAGAGGCAGCAAAGGUAGCAGUGGAGGAGGAGCUUCAUAAGUGGCGUGAACAGGAGGAGGAACACAUUAUGAACGAUACUAUUAACAAUGGGGGAAAAACUUCUUCUUCAUCGUCAUCUACUCACCCACAGUCGACUGAUAAUCAUCAGGUAUCAUCAUCAGAUUUGCUCAUGAUGUAGCUAAUAAGCUAAUGAAUUAAGCUAGGUUUCAGGAGGAAAGUGGGUAGAUAAUCCCCAAAGGCAGCAGCUGGCACAAAGAGAGAGAUUAAUUAAGAGAGAGUCUGCAUAUACUAUAGCUAGAUUGGCACUGAAA